AUGCCUCCAAAAGUUCAAUUAUCUAAGGCUGCCAAGGCUGCUGCCGCUUUAGCUGGUGGUAAGAAAUCCAAGAAGAAGUGGUCUAAGAAGGCCCACAAGGACAAGGCUCAACACGCUGUUAUCUUGGACCAAGAAAAAUACGACAGAAUCUUAAAGGAAGUUCCAACCUACAGAUACAUCUCCGUCUCUGUCUUAGUCGACAGAUUAAAGCUUGGUGGUUCUUUGGCCAGAGUUGCUUUAAAACACUUAGAAGCUGAAGGUAUCAUUAAACCAGUUUCUAAGCACGCUACUCAAGUUAUCUACACUAGAGCUACUGCUGAAUAA